AUUGAUUAAGAGCAAAUAAGAAGAAGAAAAAAAGAAUUAAAAAAACGAGUCAAGGCGUUUAAGAUUCCAAUCCACAUCGGGGGCAAGAAGAAAUUGAAAAUUAAGACUCCAACUGUAAAGCAAAAUUUUGAAACAAUCCCAGUUAAGAAGGGAUUGCAAGAAGUGACGAUGGAAGGCGAAGGGAGGGGCGAAGUGGGGAAAUCAUUGGGAUUGCUGAUUUGUGGUACCUUGGUGUACUACCACUGUGCCUUUCGCAAUUCAACCAUUCUCUCUCUCUUCUCCGAUGUCUUAAUCGUUCUCCUUUGCUCUCUUGCUAUUCUCGGCCUCCUCUUUCGUCAAAUGAACAUCUCGGUUCCAGUAGAUCCACUUGAGUGGCAGAUCUCACAGGAUGCUGCUAAUAGCAUUUUUGCAUGGUUAGCUAAUACUGUUGGGGCAGCUGAGUCAGUUCUAAGGGUUGCAGCAACUGGACACGACAAAAGACUAUUUUUUGGGGUCGUUGUUUGUCUUUACAUACUGUCAGCCAUUGGACGAUUGGUCUCUGGUGCUACAGUUGCUUAUGCAGGAUUAUGCUUGUUCUGCCUAUACAUGCUUGCGAAAAACUCACAGUCAAUCAGAACAUGUGUUCCUCAGUUACAAAGGCAAAGAAAUGGCACCAUUGUCGAUGACGAUAAUAUGUAAUUGCAAGUGCAGUUUGA